GAUUUGUUGCGUUUCAGUUCGUUGCUGUGUUCUUAAAGACGCGUUGUUCUUCUCAAAUUAAGCUCGCGCUCGCUGUGGGCUGUAUAUACUUAGCUCUGUCGCGUUUUCGGCCUUGUACAAACUUCUAAAUUUAUUUCUGCUAAGUUUACCAAAAAGAACACGAUAGCGAGAAGAUCAAGUUUAACUACACAAAACAGAUAAAAAAAUUUAACUUUUUAAAAGUCAUAAAUAAAUCUCAACAAUGGAACUGAAAGUCUUACUAUUGACUUUUGCCACUAUUGCAGCAACAGUUUGCCCUUUAUUUGCGGCAAAAAUGCCUGACUACAUAAAAAUAUGCCAUCGAAGUGAUCCGAAGAUAGCCGAUUGUGUCAAGGAAACAGUACAUUCUAUACGACCACAUCUCGCUGACGGCAUAACGGAGUUAAAUGUACCCGCCAUGGAGCCACUUUAUAUUGGUGAUUUGAACAUAUUGGAGGGUGGUGCCAAUGGCAUAAGCGUUAAAGUGAAACAACUUAAGGUUUGGGGUUCGUCAAAUUUCGAAAUCAGGAAAAUCAGGGCAUCUGACGACGCGAAACGUUUCGAUUUCGAGUUGAUUUUGCCGUAUUUGCAUGGCGAAGGCAACUACAAUAUCAACGGGCAAUUGCUGGGUUUAAUGUUGCGUGGAAAUGGGCCCUUCACUGGAAACUUUACCAAUUUUUAUGCUUACGUGAAAGUUGUGUUUGAUGUGACAACUGUCAAUGAUGUCGAAAUGAUUGGCCUCAAAGAUUUAGCUGUGAAAAUUCGCACCGGCAGCGGUAAUAUCCACUUACAGAAUCUAUUUGGCAACGAUAAGACGCUGGGGGACAUCAUUAACGAGACAAUCAAUCAAAACUUUGAACUUUUCACCAAUGAGGUGAUUCAACCCAUCGAACGCGCUCUGGAAAAGAAAUUCAGCAAUGUGGCUAGUAAGAUCCUCGAUAGCUUCACCUACAAUGAGCUGUUUCCUCUGUAAAUAUGAUAGAUUUUUAAACUGAGCAUUUAUGAUUUAUUUAUGAUUUGCUUCUUUUUUACGAAAGUGCUAAAAUUUCAAAAAGUACGUAAUUUGAUUACUUUGUAUGUAUCUGUAUGUAAAGUACACGUGCAUUUUCGUGAGUAUAAAUGCGAGUAUUAAUGAUUAAUGAAAUUAACAUAUGUACGUAAUAGAAAUAACGAAAGUAUGUGAUAUAAAAAUAAUAUGUUUGUAUAUGAUAGUUUUUAAUAUUGAGAAUUCAAUUAUAUAAAGUGACUUACACAUAAACACAUC